AUGGUGCGUAACGGAGCUGCUAAAGAUAAAGAUAAAGAAUUUGUGAAAGAUAAAGCGCAUGGAAGAGAAAAGCCAAAAGAGAGGAGUUUACGGAAAGACAGGACAGACACCGAUCACGCUGGGCCUAGCACUGAUAGACGCAGUGAUCGACGUAAUUCAGAAGCGGAUAAGUUCGAAAGGAAACAUUCCGCGCGACCCACGGAUGAAUUGAAACUUCUGCAGGAUAGCCUUUCCCAGUUUUUUACCCCAUCUGCUGGACGGCGCUGUCGGCAACCUCCUCGCAAGUUUGAUGAGUCUGGCGUAAACAGCGACGAAAGCUUCCAACACCAAAUUACAGAUGACAGUGGUUGCGAGAAAGUUGAACCAGUGAUAGAGAAGGCACAACGUAGAAAGAAGUCUGCUGAUUAUUCCAUCAUGGUGGGUAAUUUUACAUCCGAUUUGAAAGUUUUGUAA